AUGUUUCCAAACAUGUUAUGUGGAUCAUGCAAAUCUCUUCAUCAUCAAAGAAAUAUGAAGAUGAGUUUGAAAUCAAUAAAACCGGUGUCGAAACUCGAGUUUCAGUAUUCCUUUCCGUUCGAGAUGGAUCCAGAUGACAUCUUUAUUGGUGACGUUCCGUUCAAAUCCAACAAAAUCUCAAAUAAAAACGGCGGAGGAAUCAGGAAGAUGGCGAGCAAUUUCUCCCAUCUCAUCCACCGUGUCACCGCCUCCUGCUUACCCCACCCGCUCGCUUCCGCCGCCAACUUCACCGAUGACGCUUCCGGAGAAGAAGACAUCGAUGUGUACAAUGAAGAAGAAGAAGAAGAAGAAGAAGAGUAUUCAGUAAGAACCACGAGGGAGAUGGAAAUGGUGAUGUUAAUGGGUGAAGUGUUUGCAACGGUGUCGUCUAUGAAGGCGGCGUAUGUUAGUCUGCAGCAGGCGCACUAUCCAUGGGAUGCCGAUAAUACGAGGUUGUCUGACGUGGCGGUGGUGGCGGAGCUCAGGAAAUUGGGAGUUUUGAGGGAGAAGUUCCGCCGGAGUGUCGAAAGAGUGGGCGGUGGGAAUAGGAGGGUGACGGCGCCGAUGAUGAAGGAGGUGGUGGCGCCGUAUGAGGUUGCGCUAGAGAAGUUGAAGAUGGAGGUGAAGAACAAGGAGGCGGAGGUUGAUAACUUGAGAGAGAAAUUAAAGACGGCAACCACCGUCAACGGCGGCGGUGGGAGGAAGAGUAGGUCUCGUUCUCAUCAAUCAAAGAGAAGAGUCAGUUGCAGUAGUCAAUUCCAAGGUCCGUGUGUUUCACCGGCGGCAAUGGCGGUGCCGGAACUAUUCGAAAUAUGCAUGAACUCCGUGAAAGAUGAAUUGAAAUCCUUCGCGUCACUGCUUCUCUCACUCAUGAAAGCGGCACAUUGGGACAUUACAGCCACCGUCAAAUCCAUCACCGCCUCCUCCGCAGGCACCAACGCCCCCGUACGAGACUCCAUUGUCGGACGAAAUCACGCCAAAUACUCACUUGAAUCGUAUGUAAACCGAAAAAUCUUCCAAGGAUUCGACCACGAGACAUUCUACAUGGAGGGAAGCCUGUCGUCUCUCUUAAACCCUAACCAAUUCCGAUCAGAAUGCUUCACACAGUACUCCGACAUGAAAUCAAUGGAUCCGAUGGAGCUCCUAGCGAUCCUCCCGACCUGCCAGUUCGGAAAAUUCUGCUCGAAGAAGUACCUUUCAAUUGUACACCCAAAGAUGGAGGAAUCACUGUUCGGAGAUUUAGAACAGCGACGGCAGGUAUUGGCCGGAAACCACCCAAGGAGCCGGUUUUACGGCGAGUUAUUGAAGGUGGCGAAGGCGGUGUGGCUGCUUCAUUUGGUUGCGUUUUCUUUGGAUCCGCUACCGAGUAUUUUUGAAGGGAGUAGAGGGGCAGAUUUCCAUCCGGAAUAUAUGGAGAGUGCGGUGAGGUUUCCCGGUGCCGGACAUGUUGUGGGAUUUCCGGUGAGUCCAGGGUUUAAGCUUGGAAAUGGAUAUAUUGUAAAAGCAAGGGUGUAUCUUGUACCUAAGACUGAACUCUAGGGGUGAAUAUUGUAAUAUCAUAUU